AUGGAGAAGAGAGGUCCAAGUUGUGUGGGUGAAAUAUCCACCUGGAACACAGCUACUUCAUCUCGGUGAGACUGUGUCAAGAUCUGCCCUGCUGCCACAUUCAUACCGGCUGUGCACUGAUGAUGGACCACGUGUCAGGACACAUGGAGAAGAGACGUCCAAGUUGUGUGGGUGAAAUAUCCACCUGGAUCACAGCUACUUCAUCUCGGUGAGACUGUGUCAAGAUCUGCCCUGCUGCCACAUUCAUACCGGCUGUGCACUGAUGAUGGACCACGUGUCAGAAACAACCCUGCCUUUCUAAGAUGUCAUACUCCAAUGUAUAGAAAGAGAGAGCUUAACUGCUGCUGAAAGUGCACAGCAAACCCUGUUCAGAGGGCUCAGCAUGUUUUUGGGUCAAACAAGAGUCUCCGCAUCCAUCAGGCCUCCCACAACAGCACCAACAGUGUGACCUUCAAUUGUAAAAUCAACAUGCAGGUAAUAAAUGAACACAUGCCGGUUCACAAUGAAUUUGCAUGCUGCGCCAGCAACUUGAGUCAGCAUAUCUUCUCAGUUUUAGGUACAUACAGUUCAAACUCAUUCUUUACCAGAGGCUCUGUGUCGCUGAAGAAAACCUUCACAGACUGAUUGAUUGAUUGAGACUUUUAUUAGUAGAUUGCACAGUACAGAACAUAUUCCAUACAAUUGACCACUAAAUGGUAACACCCGAAUAAGUUUUUCAACUUGUUCAAGUCAGGGUCCACUUAGAAGUAAGAUUCUGCAUCUACCUAUUUUCAAACUACAACAUUUGCGACAAAAAAAGAACCUAGCUUUGUCUGAGAUCCACUUUUCAUUAACUUCAUUUAGGAAUGGGAGGAUACAUAUCACCUGGUCUCAGCACAAUGUUACUGCCCACAGCCAUCUGGAACAUCAGUGGACGCCAUCUUCCUGGAGAGAGAGAAAGAAAAAAUCACCUAUGUGUCCUUCAUUUAAUCAUUCUGCGCAACCACUUCCUGUAUCCGGUUUGCACUGUCUCCAUGUGUCCUGCUCAGCAUGGAGAGAGGACUUCUUUGUGCACAAUGAGGAGGAGUCUGCCGCUUGGCUUCCAGUAGCUGUUUGGUUGGCCACCGCCUUCACUGCGCUCCCCCCUCCUCCUCCUCCUCCUCUUCUUCCUCCUCCUCCCAUCAUCUGCAGCAGCAGCAAGCAGCAAGCAGCCCAGUGCCUCCCGGACCUAUGAAGAAGGCUCUCCCUCCCCUCCAGCCUGCUCGGCACCUCCUUGCCACCAUGGGCUACAAGCUCCACGUUAUGUUGUUGUGUUGAUAUUGAGAUAUUUCAGUAAUCAAAUAUGAAUCAUGCAUCUGAUAUUUCUGGCCACUUUGCUCGUCAGCAUCCUCACGCUUUGGUUUCACGCAUCACUGGCGUCAUCCGUUUCUCCCAGAGCAGAGGACAAGGUUGAGAGGGACGCAGUGCCGGUGAAGCAACAGGCAACUGCAGCAACCGCUAUUGAAAACACAACACACCAUGCAGCCGAGCAUGUUAUCACCUUCCCAUCCCGCCUAAUCUACUACCUAAACGAGGGCUCGGAGAGCACCUACCAUGACCUGGACACGAAAGUCAGGAGCCAAGCCAGUGACGGUCAGGCAAUUCACCUUGCUCAGGUUAGCUUCCAGCUGGAAGCCUUUGGCGCCCGAUUUGUUCUGGAUCUAACACUGAACAAUGACCUGCUGUCUUCAGAUUAUGUCGAGAUCCACUACGAGGGGAGUAAACCUGUCAUCUCAAAGGGCGGGGAACACUGUUACUACCACGGCCAGGUGAGAGGGAACGAAGGCUCCCGCGUGGCCUUAUCUACCUGCAACGGGCUGCAUGGGAUGUUUGACGAUGGAGCCCAUGUGUAUGUAAUGGAGCCGCUACAACAGACUCAUUCAAUUUAUGCAGCUGGAAGGCCUCAUCAGCUCAGAAGAAGUGCAUCGCUUCAGUGGAAAAAUGACUCACGAGAGCCGGUGGGGGAAGAGCAGCUCUUCUCGGCGCUCGGUGACUUGUCCUGGCUGAAGCGCAGGAAAAAGCGAGCCAUCUCUGUAUUUGAGGAGAUGAAAUAUUUGGAGAUCAUGAUUGUUAGUGACCAGAGCAUGUACAAACGACACAAAACCAAGCAGUACACCAGGAAUUUUGCCAAGUCGGUGGUGAAUCUUGUGGACGCUGUCUUCAAAGAGCAGCUGCGAACACGCGUGGUGCUCGUCGCUUUGGAGACCUGGACAGACAAAGAUCACAUUCCCAUCAGCGUGAGGCCGCUGGAAGUGCUGCGUGAUUUCUCCAAGUACCGCCAGCAGAGCAUUAAGCACCACGCAGAUGCCGUGCACCUCUUCUCAAACGUGACCUUUCACUACCGGAGAAGCAGCGCCGCCUACUUUGGGGGCAUGUGUUCUGUGAGCCGUGGAGUUGGGGUCAAUGAGUACGGCAACGCCUGGUCCAUGGCAGGCUCUUUAUCCCAGAGCUUGGCUCAGAAUCUGGCCAUCCAGUGGGACCCUGCAUCCAAAAGAAAGGAAUGUGGUUGCACUGAUUCGUGGAUAGGCUGCAUAAUGGAGGACAUUGGUGUCCAACACCCACGAAGAUUCUCCAAAUGCAGCAUCUCGGACUAUAAAGAGUUCCUCCUGAAAGGUGGCGGCUCUUGUCUGUUUAACAGGCCGACAAAGCUCUUCGAGUCCACCGAGUGUGGGAAUGGAUUUGUGGAAGUAGGAGAGGAGUGUGACUGCGGCGCAAGAGCGGAAUGUUACAAGGGAUGCUGCAAAAAAUGUUCCCUGGCCAGUGGGGCGCACUGCAGCGAUGGCCCCUGCUGCAAUAACACGUGCCUGUUCUUCCCACGGGGUUACAGUUGCCGCUACGCUGUGAAUGACUGCGAUAUCUCCGAGACCUGCUCUGGGGACUCUGGACAGUGUCCUCCCAAUCUGCAUAAACAAGAUGGUUAUCUGUGCCAGGUAAACCAGGGUCGCUGUUACACCGGGGAGUGCAAGACCAGAGAGAACCAGUGCAGAUACAUCUGGGGACCAAAGGCUGGGGGCUCAGAGAAGUUCUGCUACGAGAAGCUAAACACAGAGGGCACAGAGAAGGGCAACUGUGGAAGGGACGGCGACAACUGGAUCCAGUGCAGCAAACACGAUGUUUUCUGUGGUUAUCUUUUGUGUACCAACAUCGGCCGCGUCCCACGGAUUGGAACAAUGAAAGGCGAUAUCACCCCCAACUCUUUUAACCAUCAAGGCAGGCUGAUACACUGCAGUGGUGGACAUGUUCUUUUGGAUGAUGAGACCGAUUUAGGCUACGUGGAUGAUGGGACUCCUUGUGGGCCGUCCAUGAUGUGCCUUGACCACAAGUGUCUCUCUAUACAGUCACUCAACAUUAGCACUUGCACCAUUGGACCAAAUGGACAAGUGUGUUCUGCCCAUGGGGUGUGCAACAAUGAAGCCACAUGCACUUGUGACACUACCUGGGCGGGGACGGACUGCAGUAUGCCCGACCCUCCAAAAGCACCCGACACAACGCCAACUCAAGGACCCAAGGAAAUGUGAAGAAACGGCGGUACGACCCCAACGCCUCAGCCAUUUAAACCUGCAGGGGAAGAUGCCAAACACAGAUGGACUUCUUCAAGGCUUCCUUUGUUGGCUAUCCAACAAGCUGGACUGCACUUACUGCUGCUGACCUUUGGCAUUAGAUUUACUUGAAUAAUAAUGACAACUACAAAAAAAAUAUAGUGGACAUUUUAACAAAUUCCAUUGUAGUGACUUUAGACGCGCAGCCUUUUAGCCUUUCACAUCACGCAUAACCCACCCUCCACCGCAACCUGAUCUCUGGAAUGACAGAGAUCCUCUACCGUUUUUUGGAAUUCGUGCCAGUCUCACACCUGACAUGAUUUUACACGCUCAUAAAGUGCUUCUUUCUGGUCUUCCGGCAUGAAGAGCUCCUCUCCACGGGGUUCUGCAUGGCUACGUAAGCUAUGAAUAUACAGCAAAAAAACACCCAUCUCAAGAGAAAGGGAAGCAUCUCUUGUGGAAAACAACUGCAUGUGAGGCGGUCCGCUCGAUGAAUUGUAAAUAUAAUAAGGAUUUCAGGUUUGAAAUGAUUUCCUUCAUGUAUUUUUUUUUUUUUUUUACCUUAGCAUGUUUUAUAGCAAGCUAUUGGAACACCUUUGUUAUGAUUUGGGGCACAAAAUGUAACCUUCAGAGCCUCGCUGUGUGGGGUCAAAGGUGACCGAGUGAGACGGGAGGGAAGAAGCGUGUCAGCUUUAGUGAGAUGGAGUCCAAUAAGCGGCCCCUGCGGCAGUAUUUUCCAGCGUGACUCAAAAAGCCAAAGAACCUAAUCACCAUGAACAUAUGGAUGUUGCACACAGAGCACUUUGCCCUCUGUCUGCCUCGCGUCGCGAUGCGAGGCCAUCAAGUCCCGACACGCGACCAACCAGGGCUCACCCAUCCACACGCACGACAUCAGGCUUCAGCCUUUUACACUCAUAAACUCCUAGUAGGAACCGAGUGUCCCGGAAACGCUGCAUGCAAUCACUCCUGUAUCGUGGGCUUAUUAUAAUUCUAUAUAGGAGUCCCCCAGAAGCUGUAAGAAAAUAUGCUACAAAAAGAUAGGUGCAUGUCGACAACGAAACAUUUAACUUUUAUUUACUAUGCAAAGAGAGAUAUUGCACAAGUGUAUGGGUAAUAAUGAAGUCAGCUAGUCAUUGUUUAUACUUGGUCGGUCCUUCAUCUUCUUUCAUUUUGCUUCAACUGGAGUCAUGCCAGCCAUAAGUAAGCAACAGAAAACACCUCUUUACCAUUUGUGGAAGUCGUGUGUGUGUGCGUGUGCGUGUGUGUGUGUGUGUGUGUGUGUGUGUGUGUGUGUGUGUGUGUGUGUGUGUGUGUGUGGGGGGGGGUGAUGUUUUUCAUCACACAGUCACACUAAAUGGUGCCUGUACAUACCGAGGCCUGACCUGUUUCUUCAUGCAGGGUUAUUCUUGUGUUUCCUCUCAAGACGGUAGCGGGUGUGUUCCAGGUGCGUGUCCCCGUAACCCUCCAUCUUUCUUGUCGUCUGCUGUCCUCUCACUGCAUCAUGUACACUCCAACUGGUGAAUAAACUCCUGACAAGUUUUA